AAAGGAUAAAAGUGUGGUUCAAACGCCAUCACAUUAGGAGGAUGUGGGAAAAAGUUUCUUCCAAGUUUUCUUCCUCAUUUUGAAUAUCAAGAAGUUUGGUAUAUCAACGUCUGGUCGAGUAAGACGUCGUGUUACUGUUUUUCACAUAACAUCCAACAUGCGAAGGAGCAUCAUCACUGAAUUAUUUGUCCUUAUCUGGGUGAUCGGAUUAUGUUUUGGUGCCGAGUUUGAACAUUUUGCGCCAUCCAUUCACUACAUCUUGCAACAAGAAGCUAACGGUUGUGUCAUCCUCUCCAAUGGAAGGCUUCAUCUCUCAGUGCUCCCAUUUCAAUCUCAAUGUGUUGACAUUUCAAAAGUCAACUCUUCGGACAAACUUUUGAACCUGCUCAAAGGAAUACCUUGUCUAGCAGUUGUUGAUCUGCAUGCGGAUCUUGACCCGGAGGUGAUGGAGAUAUUGGCCAAACCAGAGCUCCACCGUAUUAUGAUAAUUACAAAAGGGCCGCGAGUGACUCUUCCCGAGAUAUUGAAGAACAAAGCACAGGUCUUCAAAGUGUCAGAACCCUAUGAGAACCAGAUUUUCUUUGAGAUUUGGACUCCUGCUGCAACCAUCCCGUCUGUCAAUAUUUGGAAACAAGGCCAAGGCUUCCUGAAACACCCUUUGAGUCAAAAACAACACCCGUUAAGUGGAAUAACCUUGAAAUCCAUCGCUAUAUAUCCUGAUGUUGUUCCUUCCAUGGAAAUCAUGAUAUUGGAGACUCUGCAAAGGAAGUACGAAUUCAAGAGCUUGGAUGCAAUUGUCCCUGUGGAUGACUAUGCUUAUACCAUUUCGACUUAUUCUUCCACCACCUUGGACGAGUUAAAACUGGAAAUGUAUGACAAUUGCAAGCAUAAGGAUUUGUUCAACACUAUCAAGGCUCCACCCCCUGAGUUCAACGAAGAAAUUGAAGUUCAUGAAUAUUACGUUUACGCUAUGGGAUGGGCUUGCGCAGGUUUCGAACCAACCCUAAUCAAUUGAAUGAAUUCCUCUAUUCCCAAAUGGGCACAAAAGUUUGAAUACGAGUUGCUUUCAGGUCAGGCCCAUUUAUCAAUUGGAUAUUUGACGGUUCACGCUGAUUUGGUUAGUGCCAUGGUUUUACGGUCAAUUGUGUACGCCAAUUACGACGAAUAUGCUGUUACCCGAACUCCACAACCAACACAGAACAUUCUCAACUUGAUCGAAGUAUUUGAUAUGGCCACUUGGACUACUUUGGCAAUGUUUUUAUUGAUCUUCACGGUCUUGAGUUUUAUUUUUGCGAGGGUGUACAACGGUCUUGACGCCAAUCAAUGCCGAAGAGUCAGUUUUCUGGAGAUCUUCAUUGUUCUGUUCAGUGGAUUCACCGAGCCUGAUCCGGUUGCAUGGUUUAGCAAACAAUGCAAAGGAGGAUUGCUCCUAAUUCUUAUGUGGUCUCUAUUCGGGUUUUUCAUGACCGCGUCUUACUCGUCCAUGUUAUUGUCGUCUCUGACCUUGCCCUCAUUCGAGAAAGUGGUCCAAGAAGCCAGGGACAUCUUGGAUCUUCAGAAAACAAUUAUAGUCGAUCCUCACGAUGAUGAUGGUUAUAGUCUUGAAAGAUUGAAGGAAAUAUUCCCUGAGGACGUGGCACUCUGGGCCAAUGAUCACAAAGUGGUUUUGCUAUUCGAGACAUUGGCAGAUAUUGAAGAUGGUGUCAUCAACUUUGGUAAAGUUUAUUUGGCUUCAAAGCGGAGCAUUUUGGAACAAUCAAUUUUCAACAAAUAUUUGACUCAGAUCAGGUUUUCAACAUACCCUAUUACUUACGGACGCAAUGAUGACACUUUAUAUGUAGGAAAGGGAUUUCCAUGGACCGACCUUAUCUUGGACGAUAUGCUUCGAAUGUUCUCUGGUGGAGUGUUUCAUCAUUAUUUCUAUGAUGGGAUUAGCGUGGAAAGACUGCAGCUGCUGAAGCCUAGAAGCAUUCCUGAAUCAAGCUACGUCAAUGCCGUCAUAACCCUGGAACAAAUAAUGUUUAUAUUCUGGUUUUGGAUGGCUGGUUUGUUCCUAGGGGGCUUUAUUUUUUGCCUAGAACGAGCCCAAUGCCCUGGAUGGUCGUGCAAAUGAACGAAUAACAACCCUG